GCGGCUUCCUGCAGGCGGCGCCGGGGCGAGCCUUUGCCCGCUGCAGCCACCGCCGCUGGGUCGCGGGGGCCGCGGCGCUCGGGCCGCGUCUGUGCCAUCCGGGCGCGCUGCGCGGCCGUCGCUGCUGCCCGCGCUAGUGCCGCCGCCACCGCCGCCGCCGCCGCCGCUGCCGGUUACGCCAGCUCCGCCGCCGCCCGCUCUGAUUCUGCGCAUAGGCAGCCCCCAAGCCUGUCAUUCUGCAAAAACACAGUUUACUCAACACACCACACACACACUCACACACACACACGCGCGCACACACACGCGCACCCUGGCCCCCUCGCGCACACGCACGGAGGGCGCGAGCGAGCAGACGCGCACACCCGGCGAGCCAAGUUCCGCAGCCUGGCAUGGCUUCUGGGGACCUUUACGAGGUGGAAAGGAUCGUAGACAAGAGGAAGAACAAGAAAGGAAAAUGGGAGUAUCUAAUCCGAUGGAAAGGCUACGGGAGCACGGAGGACACGUGGGAGCCGGAGCACCACCUGCUGCACUGUGAGGAGUUCAUCGACGAGUUCAAUGGGCUGCACGUGGCCAAGGACAAGCGGAUCAAGUCCGGGAAGCAGGUCAGCACCUCCAAGCUCCUGCGUGACAGCCGAGGCCCAUCAGUGGAGAAACUCGCCACCAGACCUUCAGAAUCUGGAAAGAGCAAAAGCGCUUCUCAUAAACGGAAGCGAAUCAACCCUUCCCUGUCCAAGCCCAAGAAAGGGUACCCAGCCAAGCCCCCUGCGGGAGGAGACCGGGCCGCCAAGACAGUGUCUUACAGGACUACCCCCAGUGGUUUGCAAAUAAUGCCCCUGAAAAAGACUCAGAAUGGGAUGGAAAAUGGGGACACCGGAUCCGAGAAGGACGAGAGGCAGUUUGGAAACGGGUCCCACCAGCCUGGCUUGGAUUUGAAUGACGUCGGAGAGCAAGACCUGGGCGAGUGUGAUGUCAGCCAUGCAGCACUGGCAGAGAAUGGGCUCGGCUCUGCUCUGACCAACGGGGGAUUAAACACGCACAGCCCGGUGAAGAGGAAGCUGGAAACGGAGAAGGACUACGUCUUUGACAAGAGGCUCAGGUACAGCGUCCGCCAGAAUGAAAGCAACUGUCGGUUUCGGGACAUUGUCGUGCGGAAGGAAGAGGGGUUCACACAUAUCCUGCUGUCCAGUCAGACCUCAGACAACAACGCGCUGACCCCCGAGAUCAUGAAGGAGGUCCGGCGAGCUCUCUGCAACGCGGCCACGGACGACAGCAAACUGCUGCUCCUCAGUGCCGUGGGCAGCGUGUUCUGCAGCGGCCUGGAUUACUCCUACCUAAUUGGCCGGUUGUCCAGCGACCGGCGGAAGGAAAGUACCCGCAUUGCAGAAUCCAUCAGGGACUUUGUGAAGGCCUUUAUCCAGUUUAAGAAGCCCAUCGUGGUGGCGAUCAACGGGCCUGCCCUAGGCCUGGGCGCCUCCAUCCUGCCCCUGUGCGACAUCGUGUGGGCCAGCGAGAAGGCCUGGUUUCAGACCCCCUACGCCACCAUCCGCCUCACGCCUGCCGGCUGCUCCUCCUACACCUUCCCCCAGAUCCUGGGUGUCGCACUGGCCAACGAGAUGCUCUUCUGUGGGCGGAAGCUCACUGCCCAGGAGGCGUGCAGCCGAGGGCUGGUGUCCCAGGUCUUCUGGCCAACCACGUUCAGCCAGGAGGUCAUGUUGCGGGUCAAGGAGAUGGCGUCCUGCAGUGCAUUGGUGUUGGAGGAGUCCAAAUGCCUUGUUCGGAGCUUCCUGAAAUCAGUGCUUGAAGAUGUGAAUGAGAAAGAAUGCGUCAUGCUGAAGCAACUCUGGAGUUCCUCCAAAGGCCUGGAUUCCUUGUUCAGCUACCUGCAGGACAAGAUUUACGAAGUCUGAAGGGCCCCGGCUCACUCACCCCAGUGAUCAAGGGCACCCGACCUCCAGCCUUGCCCUGGGUUCCAGAAAUCGGAGCCCACUGUAAGCCCGGCCAAGGAGUUUGUCAAGGUGUCUCUAUACCUAGGGUGUGUUCAUUUCCUUGUCUUCUUUGGUUGUUCUUCAUUGGUUUGGUUUUGUGUAACAGAUGGAAACUGCAGCACACUUGGCCUCCCCCUUGUCCCUACCCCAACUGGCUAGAGAGCUAUUGAGGGCUAUAUCUUCCCAGGCCUCUUCCAGGUACUGUUCUGUUCCCACUUGCUGAAAUGCGCCAUCCCGGUCCAGGGGAGGGGAAGACCAGUUUCCCUGUUUUUCUGACUCAGACUGUGUCUACACAGUGCCUCUGAUUUGGAGACUUGGCUCUCAUGGUCUCUGGUUAAGUGCAGAUCUGGUAACGGGAGACAAUCCAUCUGGGGUGGUUUCCAGGCUGAUGAGCGAAGCGCUGCGGGUAGAGCCAGCCUCAGUCUCCUCUCUGACGCAAAUCUGUGUGACUCUGAGGGCCCGGUCUGAACGCCCAGCUGAGUGAUUUACAAACCCAGAUAUUGUACAUCUAGGAAUGUUUUGUUAAAUAUAUAUUUUUAAAACAAUGUAAGUGGAAAUUCUGAUAAUUUAUGUGUAUUAUAUGUAAAGCUAGUUUUGCAAAACAUAAACUCCUAGGAAAAUGUUUUUUUUUUCUUUAAUCAGACUUAUUUAAUUUAUUUAUUUUUGUUUAUAUAUAUUAUGAUAUCUGUCAUUCAAACAGAUAUUAUUUUCAUACUGCCCUGGACCAAAUCCCGUACGAGGUUCGUGCUGUUUGGUGCAUUCUAGCAGUGAACCAUGUAGAGAUAAAAUUCAGAGAGAUAAAAAUGGAAGAAUUUCCAUGGAUGAAAGGAAUAGCUUGUACUAGAUCCUCAGCUUGUAAAAUGGUUCUCAAAUGGAAUAUUUGUUCUGAGGAGAAACCUCGGAGGAGUUUUCUCUUCACUCUGCUGCCUUUAAGGAGGUAAAGGGGCCUCCAGCGUGAUGGUACUGAGACAUCCACAGUCCCCGACUGCGUGACACCAGGAAGGGGUGGGGAGUUGGCCUCACCUGGGGAUUGCAAAGUGUCCAGAGUAAGACUUUCUUCUUUGGAGAUGAAUGACUGACCUUGGACUUCAGAGUCCACUCCGUCCAUGUGGGCAGCCAUGUCUGGUGUAGAUUUCCAGGGAGGUGGGAGGUGUUCCCGCUCUGGUGGGCUGCCAUUAGAAGGACUGAAUUCUUCUGUGUCCUGAAGCUCAGGUGACCUAUCUUUUUGUUAGCGGUUUGCUCACAUCAGGAAGCAAUAACCAGGGAUGAGGUCUCCUGCUCUUGGGUCUCUGGGCUGCACAGGGACCCCAACAUCUGAAUUUAGACCGUCGACUCAAAAGUCUGUGGAUUGGCUGUGGGACACGAGUGGUUUUGGUUUUGGUUGGUGAGGGGGAAGGUCAACAUCAAAGUUAGAGCACUCAGAGAAAGAUCCUCAGGGCAGCAGGGUUUUUCUAUCGCAUCACAACCCCUGAGUGUCCUCAGAGGCCCUUUGCUCACCCGCCCUCCCUUGCCCGGAGUUAGUCGCCAGUGUCUCUUGACCCUUCCUUGGAGAGAGUUGGGUGGAGCAGUGGGAGUUGGGCACAGCUGGGGCUGAGAUGAGGAGGGUCAUUGCUCCGACUGGUCAUGUACCUCUCUCUCUGGUCCUCUUUUCUCUCUUAAAGGUGACCAGAUGCAGUGGGCCAGGCAGAUAGAAAGGACUCAUGGUUCUGAGCUUUGUGUUUCAGAGGACACAUUGAGUGUCUAUACUAUGGCUAGAGACAUGGUCCUUUAGACAGUGAAUCUGAAGUUAACCUGGACUCUUAAUCCUUAAGAUGGUCUUGGUUCCCUCUGUAGAAAGCCUUUCUACUUUGGACUUUCCUCCAUGACUUCAUGGGGCUUCUUCUACCUUCUUCCACCUCAGCCGUGUUGGCCGUGGGGAGCCAGCAGGGGCCACCCACCUUCGCUGAAUGCAGCCAGAGGAAGAUUGAAGACCUGUGUGCCGUCCCCUUUGUCCAUGUGGGAUCUGCAGGUACUGCAGACCUGGAUGAUGGGGGAUUACUCUAGGGAAACCCCUGCUUUUGCCCAAAUCCACUUUGAUUUUGUCUCUUCCUGGGAGAAAGCAAAUGUAUACUUUCCCAAAGUCCCUAGACAAACCGCCUUCUUGUGCAUUGCGGCAGAUAAUCGGUGCAGCAUUGCCCAGUCCUCUAAAAAAAAGAGACCCCUGCUUUCUGUUUACUUUCCAGGGGCAGGGACAUUUACCAUAGGAGUAGUGUCAGAAUUCUUGUUGGAGGGGGAAGAGAAUGUUUGGAAGUUCCCUUCAAUCAGUGUCUGUCUUGUUCCCUGUUGAAAGCACCAGAAAUAUUUUAGCUUUGGACAUAUCACAAAUCCAAACUUCUUAACAUUUCAAGGGUCUCUGAUGAUAAGAUAGGAAUGUGAGACUGUUACCAGGGUGGAGUUCCUGUUGUUAAUUUGUAGACUCUGCUUAUAACAGGAGGUGUUUCAAAAGACAGUCUGUAUUUGGGUUGUUUCCACAUAGUUCAGGAAGGAUGCCCCACCAAUUAGGCAGAAGUUGGCUAACUGUUACCUACAGGGUAGACUGAAUCUCUGAAUUUUUUACUUUCUGAGCAGUUGUUUGAUAACGUGCAGAUGAAAUCCAGGUGACUUGUAGCAAAUUGAGUUGGGAUGGAAAAUGCCAGACCUGUGGGGUGUCGGGAUUUGUCCUCAGAGCCCUAGAUCCUUGACAGAGGGCUCAGGCUUUCGCUUGUACUCUUCCGUCCCAGCACCGUCUCUUUACCCGUAGGACCCUUUCUUCACUCUGUCCCCUGCUCUGUCCCCACCCAACCCUUCCCCACCCCUGGGUCCAUCGCUUCCUGGGCAGGUCUUUAAGGAAUUGUGUCUGGUUUUAGCAGCCCCACCCCAGAAUUACCUGUGGGGUUGGAAAAAGAGCUGUGGAUGGGAAGUUAAGGGUACCUCUUUGGUCAAGGAACCUUCUCGGCCACAGGUGGCGAACACAAGUCCGGAGGGCCAAAUCCAGCCCUCCACCUUGUUUCUACCUAGUAACAGAGCCGAGCUCUCGCUUAACUGUUAAGGAGUAGUUACAUUUACACAGUCUUCAAAUUACAUUCGGCCCUUUGAAAGCAACUGCGAGGCUAAAAUGGCCCCCAGUGAAAAUGAGUUUGAUACCCCUGUUCUAGGCAAUCCACUCCUUGCCAUCUUGUUAGCCACGCAUUUGACCUCCCCUCCCCUCCCUGCUCGGAUCCCUGGUGGUUAGUACCAGCAUCUUGUAGUGGAACCUCUUGCGUUAACAGUUCCAUUCCAAGAGGGCUUUUCGUAGAGCUUGCUAAAGUGGUCAGAGCUCUUCACCAUUUGGAAGCCGCAGACUAAUGCUGAUGGCGUGCCCACGUGUCUCUUCUGGCUGUGGAGUAAUGUCUGUGGGUAAACACCAUCAAAAAUUACCCUCUGAGGAUGAAAUUGGAUAGCUAUGAGAAGGUAGUAGAGAAUUGAUUUAAAAUGUUAUUCUUGUUUGGUUUAGAUUAAACUAGGAAAUGUUCUCUCUGAAGCAUGAAAAUAUGUUUGUUUUCCAUAUAAAGUUUAGUAUGAGGAUGGCAAAAUAAUCACAAUAGACUUUGAUCAAUGCAACUGUAUCUCUGAAUAUCCACAUUAAAGAAAUAGCCUUGACUGAAUGCCAAA